AAUGUGCACAGCUCACUCAGUUUAAAACUUUAAAUACUGUAAAAUUUAAAAUGUAUAACUAUAAAUUCUAAGACACUUUAAUCGUAUUCCAUAUACAUAUUACAUUGUGACAGGAACGUAACUAAAUACUUAACCAAAAAAUAAGUGUAACCUUUAGCGAUCAUAAGUCAUAGCUUCAACUGGAAACUGACCACAAUAUGUUCCGUUGUGAUCGAGCCCAACUUGUGGAGGCGAUCAUGUUAGAAGGAAAUCGCCAAUUUCAAGGAUUAAAUGAUUUGUUUGGCGACUGUUUCGGUUCCCUAGUUUCGGAAGUUAUCAUUGUUGAUCCAUACAUUAAGACGGCUAUCCAGCAAAACGGUCUUCUAAUGAUGUUAGGAUUAAUUAGGGACAAGUGGGCGAAUUCGCCUCCUGUUCCCCUCAAGAUCACCUUAAUCACAAAUAACGACCUGGACAUGGAAGUCACAAAUUUCCACGCACAUGAAAACGACAUACGGGAAGACAGUUAUGGCGGAAUAUUCGAGCAUAUAUUUACUCUGCACGACAGAAAUUUAGUAAAGUUUAAAGUCGUUGAAAUUCGAUGGGUUCACGACCGUUCAAUAAGUCUACUAACCAAGAUGGACGAGACUUACACGGUUUUUCAAGUAAAACUAGGGAAAGGGCUGGACAUCACGUUUUGCCGGUGUGGUUGCCGUUACCCGAGAGGCGCAUCGCACCAAGACGUACUUCAAAUUGAUCCUAAUAAUUUACGAACCCGAAUGUGCGAAAUUACAAAACUUCACUGGCAAUUUACAGAAUUGGUGAAUGCUACAAAAUUUUUCUCCGCUUUGUUGACAUAUUAUAAAAGUGGUAUUAUUAGACCAUUUUACUGAAUGAGGUGUAUGAAUGUAGCAACAAUAAUGUUGCGUCUUUGGCCGAGUUUUAUUUUCUUGGGAUGAUGUAUGUAUGUAGAUGGUCUCAUUUUAAUUUAUCCGAAACUUUAUAAAUAUGAAUGUACAUUGUUCGGUAUAUUUAAAGUGGUUGAAUAAAUUGUUUAAAAAUUA